ACACGUACUAUUGGAGGAUGCCCAGAUGUCGCGUUAUAUAGCAUCUAAUAAAGACGAUCAGUGACUCCGAGGACAUCUUCGAAUGAUGAAGUUCGUCGGAAUCUUAGCGUUGGCCGCUUUGGCCAUUUCCAAUGUUUGGGCCAUGGAUUACAGCGGGUACAAAGUGCUCCGAACGCAGGCUUUGAACAAAACCGCUGCCGGACUUUUGAGAAACCUUCAGGCUGAGAAUUCCCAUUACGACUUCUGGAAAGACGCCAACACUGGAAUGAAUGCCGAGAUCAUGGUCUCCCCCGGUCAUCUGUCUUCUCUCCAGAACUACCUCAAGGGUCAAGCGAUUCAGUAUUCCUUGAAAGUGGAAGAUGUCCAGGAACUCAUUGCCAAGACCUCCCAAAGAGAGCCUUUAGCUUCCAAACGGGGUCCGUCCAGUCCCAAGUACAAUUUAGACUGGAACGAUUACUAUGACUAUGACAUCAUUGUCGAGUUCAUGGAGGAACUGGCCAAUGAUUACGAGUUCGUCAACGUGGUGUCUAUUGGCAAAAGUUACGAAGGGCAAGACAUGAAGGUGAUUCAGAUCACCAAGGCUGGUGAUGGAGCUCCCAAUGUGUGGAUUGAAGCUGGAAUCCAUGCCCGAGAGUGGAUCGCCCCUGCUGUGGCAACUUACGUUAUUCGAGAGCUCAUCGAGAACUACGAUGAUCAUCCUGAAUAUUUGGACAGCCUGAACUUCCAUUUCUUGCCUUGUGCCAAUCCUGACGGUUACCAAUUCAGUCGGAACGAACAACGCUUGUGGCGCAAAACUCGAUCGGACACAGGUUCUUCUUUGGGCUGCAAAGGAGUCGAUCCUAACCGAAACUUUGACUACGCUUUUGGAGAAAGCGGCGUGAGUAACGACAAAUGCUCCGAUAUUUACCCGGGUCCCGAGGCUUUCUCCGAGAUCGAGACAAGAAAUAUUCGUGAUUACACCUCCAGUCUUUCCCCGACUCCCGUCAUUGCCAAGGCUCUUCAUAGUGCCGCCGAAUUAUGGCUCUACCCCUAUGGUUAUGCUCUAGAUACCUACCCUGAGAAUGUGGACGAAAUUCGAGCUCUUGGCGAAGAAUGCGUCGAGGCCUUGAACGCCGUGAAUGGAAUGAAUUUCGUUAAUCAACACUCGGCUGGACUUUACCCCGCUGCAGGUGAUGCCAAUGAUUGGUACACUGGUGUGCUGAAGGCUCGUUUCACUUACACGGUCGAGCUUCGCGAUCAAGGCUACGGUUUCCUGUUGCCCCCAGAACAAAUCAUCGAUUCGAGUGUGGAGAUUUGGGCUGCUUAUGAGGUGCUCUUUUCCAAGGCCAUUGAAGUAUCCAAGUAAAUCCGGGACGAAAUAAAGAGACUCAAAACUAAA